AUGAUCAUGUUUAUGCAAGAAAUUCCUCGUUGGUUAAUAUUUUCUUUGAUCUCAUCGAUACUAUGUAUCUCUGGUGCACUUUGUGUUCCUUUAAUGUCUACCAUUUUCAAUAGCAACAUCCAUGGACGGUCAUCAAAUAAUACUAAAUUAGUUAAUUAUGGGUUAUCGUUGAGCGCUGGGUCAAUGUUAACCACUUCAUUAUACAUGAUGUUACCAAAGAUGAAUAAAAAUAAUAGAACUGGGGUAUUCUGGGGUGUGCUUACUGGUGUCUGUAUUAGUCUUUUAUUAAACUAUAUUGUUCAUGUAUAUGCUAGUGAGUCUUUGGUUCAUUGUGCACAUGGUGAUGGACAAGAAGAAGAGCAUGGUCAUGGAGGAACCCACAGUGGGAUACAUGAUCAUGAUCAUACUCAUUAUCAUGGACAUAAUUACAAACAUGAACAUGAAGAUGAACAUCCUUCAACUAACAGGAAUAAUAAUAACGGUGAUAAUCUAGCACAUCAAGUUAAUGUUAAUUAUGAAAUUCAGUACAGAGAAGAUUAUCCAAAUGGGGAAGGAAAUUCCAAUGAUACAAAUUCACACACUGAAUCAGAUCCUUUACUUCCAAAUACAAAUGAUGGCGUUAAAGAGAAUAAUGAUAAUCAGAAUAUUAAUUUUAAUAAUAAGAACGGUACAGUAACUCUUUCAAAGAAAAAAUUUAUUACUAUUGGUAAAUCAUUAAUUGAUUUAUUUACUAAAAAUAACAAAAAAUCUAUUGGUGAUUGCUGUCCUUUAGGUGAAUGCACACCAACUUUGGAGACUAGUGAUUUACCUUGUUCCAAAAUUGCUAUGAUGUCUUCAAAUAAUAUAAUUCCUACAAUAUCAAAUAAAAGUAAUAAUAAUAAUUGUCAUUCACAUAAUUUAGAUCAUGUGAGCUCUAAUAAUUUAGAUUCAUUGACAAAAACACAACAAGGUCUUGCAUGUGUUGAAAACGUUAUUGGUUAUGAUUUAGAAAAUUUAUCAUUAUAUCGUAAAAAUUUUUAUUCUGCAAAUUCUGAUAAAGAUGAAUCUAACAUAAGCUAUCAUAACCAUGAUACUAAUAGUAGUAGUAGUAGUAAUGGUGAGAAUCAUUAUGGAUCUACCUCAGAAUCCAUUUCGUCUACUCAUGAUUCAAAUAGCAUCGAUAGUCAUGAAGAAUUAAAUAAUCAUCUUUUGCCAAAUUCACAUCAUCAUCAACACAAUCACACUCCUAUGACUAAUAGUUCUAAUAAUUUUAAUGCAUUUGAUUUGGAAAAUCAUAUUUCUCAAAUCGAGUCAUAUCCUCAUUCAGGUUAUGUUAUUCGUCAUCAUUCUUUGCAAACAUCACAUAUACAUCACCAUCACAUCGAAACACCUUUCUCCAAAUUGUUAUCGAUUGGUAUGCAAACAUGUAUUGUAUUAACAUUACAUAAAUUUCCAGAAGGAUUUAUUAUAUUUUAUACGAAUAAAGAUGAUACACCAGAUUCUUUGGGAUUCUCAAUCUUUUUAAGUCUAACAAUACAUAAUUUUGUGGAAGGUUUCGCUAUGACUCUACCAUUAUAUGCAAUCUUUGAAACUAAAUGGUUGGCAGUGCUUAUUACUGCCAUACUUGGUGGUGGUUCUCAACCAAUGGGUGCUUUACUUGGAUACUUGAUAUUUGGCCAUAAGACAGAGGCUAAUGAAAAUGAAUUGCAAAUGGAUUUCUUUUUAAGUGUUACUGCAGGAUUUUUACUAUUUAUAGGUUUGCAAAUGUUUCAAACUGGUGUUGGGUUUAGUGAUGCGCAUCAUCACCAUCAAGGAGAAGGGAAUGAAGAAAUAAAAAACAAUCAUAGUUCCGGUACUACUUGUUUGAAAUGGUGUUGUGCUGGUGUUUUAUUAAUUAUAGCUAGUCAAGUUUUCGAAUAA